CAAAGCAGUGACUACAGUCAACCGAGUACCAACUCCCAGACCAAGUGUUCCAUUUGAGCAACUUUCAAAGCAACACAAGAGCUGAAAACUACUGAAAAAUGUUCAUCUCUAAUACAGCCUUUUGACGGACAGGAGAGUUUCUAAGUAUCAUGCCUGGGGACAAGCUUUAAGAUGACCACCCUAAACAGUCAAGAUCAACCUGUCCCUUCCAACAACUCACAUCCAGAAGAAUUUAAAAUCGCAGCCCUUGUCUUUUACAGCUGUAUCUUCAUAAUUGGAUUAUUGGUUAAUGUCACUGCAUUAUGGGUUUUCAGUUGUACCACCAAGAAGAGAACCACCGUGACCAUCUAUAUGAUGAAUGUGGCAUUACUUGACUUAAUAUUUAUAAUGAGUCUGCCUUUUCGAAUGUUUUAUUAUGCAAAAGGCGAAUGGCCAUUUGGAGAAUACUUCUGCCAGAUUCUUGGAGCUCUCACAGUAUUUUAUCCAAGUAUCGCUCUAUGGCUUCUAGCUUUUAUUAGCGCUGACAGAUACAUGGCCAUUGUACAGCCAAAGUAUGCUAAAGAACUUAAAAACACAUGCAAGGCCGUGCUGGCAUGCGUGGGAGUCUGGAUAAUGACCUUAACAAGCACCAUCCCUCUGCUACUACUCUAUGAAGACCCAGACAAAGCCUCCACCCCUGCCACCUGCCUAAAGAUUUCUGACAUCAUCCACCUAAAAGCCGUUAAUGUGCUGAAUUUCACCAGACUGGUAUUUUUUUUCUUGAUUCCUUUGUUCAUCAUGAUUGGGUGUUACUUGGUCAUUAUUCAUAGCCUUCUUCAUGGUAGGACAUCUAAACUGAAGCCAAAAGUCAAGGAGAAGUCUAUAAGGAUCAUCAUCACACUCCUGGUGCAGGUGCUCAUCUGCUUUAUGCCUUUCCACAUCUGUUUUGUUUUCCUAAUGCUGUCCCGGGAAGAGAAUAGUUACAACCCGUGGGGAGCCUUUACCACCUUCCUCAUGAACCUCAGCACCUGUCUGGAUGUGAUUCUCUACUACAUUGUUUCAAAACAAUUUCAGGCUCGGGUCAUUAGUGUCAUGUUAUACCGCAAUUACCUUCGGAGUGUGCGCAGAAAAAGUUUCCGAUCUGGUAGUUUACGGUCACUAAGUAACAUGAAUAGUGAAAUGUUAUGAAUAAUAGUAAAUGAUACCUUUUUCCCUUCAAUCUCUUUACAAUUCACUUUACUAACUACUCUAGGGUAAAUAUUCUGUAUGUUAAUAUUAUCAGGUACCUUUUCUCCUGCAAAAAAAAUAAACUUUGCAAACU